GAAAGGCGGAAGUACGCGCGGUGUAAACAAUCGAGUCACUCCGGUGUCACCGGGUGAUCGCCGUUACCUGGAGAGCACACGGGUGACGUCAUGCCUUACCUGGGCAGCGAGGACACGGUGAGGGAGCUGAGGAGAGCUCUGUCCAACCCCAACAUCCAGUCUGACCAGCUGCGCUACAGGAACACCAUCCUCAAAGUCAUCAGGGCGAUGUCACAAGGUGUGGAUGUUUCAGGCCUGUUCAGUGAGAUGGUAAAAGCGUGUGCCACAGUAGACAUAGUCCAGAAGAAACUGGUCUAUGUCUUCCUGUGUUCCUAUGCCACUUUAAACCCAGAGCUGUCUCUGCUGGUCAUCAACACGCUGAGGAAAGAUUGUCAGGAUCCAAACCCCAUGGUCCGCAGCCUGGCCCUGAGGAACAUGACCAACCUCAGGUUACCCAGUCUGGUGGAGUAUGUGGAGCAGCCUCUGACAGCAGCACUGAGGGACAGAGCAGCUUGUGUGCGACGAGUGGCCGUGCUCGGCUGGGCCAAGCUACACAAUCUCCAACCCAACUCUGAGAUUGAUGCUGCAGUGGUGAACGAGCUGUACAGCCUCCUCAGGGACCCGGACCCUGUGGUGAUGGUGAACUGCCUCCGAGCUCUUGAGGAGAUCCUGAAGGAGGAGGGAGGAAUCGCUAUUAACAAACCCAUCACCCAUCACCUUCUGAACAGGCUGAAGGACUGUGAUGUUUGGGGUCAGUGUGAGGUGCUGAGGAUCCUCCAGCGUUACCAGCCUCAGUCGGAGGACGAGCUCUUUAAUAUCCUGUCCCUGCUUGAUGCCUCCCUGGUCAGCCCCCACCCACCAGUCAUGGCUGCUACCCUUAGCCUCUUCCUCAGCCUCUGCUCCAGCCUGCCUGCUGUCAGUCUGGCAGCCCUGGAGCGAGUGCGUGGGCCUCUGCUGGCCGCCUGUGGGAGCACAUCCAGAGAGAUGAGGUUCACUGCGCUCUGCCACAUACAGUUGCUGUUGCGUUCUCUUCCUGGCCUGAUGGGGGCGCACUACAAACGGUUCUUCUGUGGCUACGCUGAGCCAGCCUACAUCAAGCAAAGGAAGAUGCAGGUGCUGGUGGAGCUGGUGAAUGAUGAGAAUGUAGCAAUGUUACUAGACGAGCUGAAAGGAUACUGCACUGAUGUCAACACUGACACUGCCCAGGCUGCAAUCUCAGCCAUAGGUCGAAUUGGACGGAGCUACAGCGACAGCUGUCUACAGAUCCUGACCGGACUGCUCGCACUCAAACAGGACCACAUCACUUCAGCGGUGGUGCAGACAAUGCGCGACCUGGUCUGGGUGUGUCCUCAGUGUAGCGACACUGUGUGUCUGGCUCUUGAAGGCUGUGAGGAAACGCUGCAGGAUAGCCAGGGCAGGCAGGCCUUGCUGUGGCUGCUGGGCGUGUAUGGUGAGCGAGUGUCCAGUGCUCCCUACACGUUGGAGGUGUUCAUUGAUGGAGUGAGGUGUGAGGCCUCUUUGGGGGUCAAGAUGGAGCUGCUGACGACCACCAUGAGGCUGUUUUUGUGCCGGCCUGCUGAGACGCAAGACAUGCUCGGAAGACUGCUGCACUACUGCAUAGAGGAGGAGACAGACAUGUGCGUACGCGACCAGGCGCUUCUCUACUACCGCCUGUUGCAUUGUGGGAUAGGAGAGACGCGAAAGGUCCUCCAGGGUCGGAGGUCAGACCCUUCCCUGGGUGUUCUGAUUGGCCGCCCCGCGGAGCCCAUCAGCCAGUGGGCACGCAGUUUUAACACUUUAGAGCCACUGAGGCAGGGAACCAUAGAGAUGGAGUCAGCCAGCAGAGGAAGCCCAGAACAUGUGACCUUUGAACCCAAGACUAACACUGACCUCUCAGACACACUGAACUGUAGCCAAGUGGAGAAGGUUCAUUCAGACUCAGACAGUGCCAGUCGGCGUACAGACUCCUGUGCUGAUGUCUUGGCUUCGAGCGUCGCGGUCGCCCUCAGUUUGUCCCUCUCCCCGGCUCUCAGCCCAGAGGAGUUUGAGCGCCUGUGGCUGCAGCGACAGGCUUUGCAUUCUGAGCAAGGCGCUGAGAAAAUGGUCGAGGAGGAGGAUUAUGUGUGCUUGGAAGCGUGGUUCCAUAGCACUGCAAUACCUCACUGUUCACCACAAAGCCUUCAGGCUGGAUUGCAGCUAGUAAACAUUCAGACUCUGGCCUUCACGCCGCCUCACACUCUUCCCUGGAGGGUCUACCUGUACACACAUGCCCAGCAUGGGCACUCCGGUGACGCACCCCGCAGCACACUCAUACUGGGGGAGCUGCUGCACACCGGAGAGGCGAAUAACAAGGCAGGGGCAAAGAAAGGCAUGUGUGACGGAGAGGUGGGCGUAGAGGGAAUGCAAGCGGAGCGGGUGAGAGAAGGAGUGCAAACCACAGAUGACGGGCUGAGUGGGAAAGAGUCCGUGAGAAAAGAAGAAGGAGUAAAAGUGACUCUCAAGCAGCAACCAAGAGAUGACCAAGCUCUGAAGGGGUUUCUCUCUAUCCUUAAAACUGUACUGCACACACUCUCCUCAGAGAGGAACUAAACAGACGCGUCAUUGCUCUGAAUAUCCGUACAAAAUGCUGAAUGACCACAACCACAACUGUGAAAUAGAACCUCCACCCUGAAGGUGCAACCCUCGCUUUGCAAAGUCGUCUUAGUCAAACCACAAAGGAACACGCAUGGCACGUAAAUGAGCGAUGGAGCCGCGCGCACACCAUCAUUUUCACACAUCCCUUGUGUUAGCUGACUGUAACAGAACUUUGUCACGGCAGCCUCGAAUGGUGUUAAAGACGUUAGUGAUACAACAAACAAGAAAUAAACUUCUUAACCUCUAAAGUCAGUUUCUUCACAGUCCGGAGG